AUGUGUAAAUUUGUUAUCAGGUACGACAAGUGGGACCGGGACAGGGGCGGGGGCGGAGGCGCGGGCGGCGCGACCGGCGGCUCGUGGGCGGGCCGCGACCGCGAGCGCGACCGCGAACGAGAGCGGCAGGCUCGCGCGAACCAGAUGUCGCAGGCGCAUGCCGCCGAGCCGGACGCCUCCUCGCUAUUCUCGGCGCCCAUCAGGGUGACUGGAAAUCGGGAUCGAGUCAGCCAGCAGAUCCAGACGAAACUCGGCGACUACCAUCUAGCGCAAUGCUUCAUCGACGACCCGAGCAAGUCAAUCGGCAUCUGCGCCGAGCCCCCCAGUCCUGCUCCGUGUCCACCGUCGAGGAGGGAGAGCGAGUUUAAGAAGCCAGCUCACACUAUGGUGGCACCGCAAAAUGGUCGCGUUCACCAUCGGCCGCACCCUUACAAUAAGAAUGACGGUUCCAAUCCCACUGCACAAGCUCAUCGGCCACCGCCAUUGAGGAUACCAAACGGCUUACAACCCAACAUCGACAGCAGUCAACCGCCAAUAGAAAGUAUUUUAAAGGAAAUGAAGUCGAUACCAACACCCCUCUCGGUGAUAGCGGCGACGCCGAGGAAAGAAGCCGAAAACAAAUUCAUUUUUAACCCUCACACGAAUAAGGUCCAAGAGAAUCCCGUGCAGGAAAUCAAAACACCCCUAACAAAACCUGGUUUAGAUAAUCGGUUACCGAAUUCCAGGAGUUCAGUGUCGCCUGACGUCGUGAAUAAGGACCUUGGUUUGUCGGAGAGUGACGAUGAAGUCGCCGCAGCAACGCACACUCUUGGACCGCCCAUAUCACCGAUGGGAUCGAACAGUCCGACUUCGGGCAGUUCGUCCCCAUCCGACUCGGAGUCGGAGUCCUCGUCGACGGAGUCGAGCGUGUUGGCCGCCGCGACGACCCCCGCCACCUCGGAGCUCCCCGCGGCGCCCGCACAGAGCGACUCCUGGAGCCUCGUCAACUUCGCCCCUCCCCCCGCCCAACCCCCGGACAACAACUACGAAACGGGCAAGGAAUUGAGACAUGCCUUGGCCGAUGUCAAGGGAAAGAGUCCAAUAUCAGAGAUGUCGGACUCGGAAACGUCGUCGCCCUCUCCCGGCGCCGGACGGCGGGCGCGGUCCCACACGAACAACAGGAUGUCGGCCGCUUCAAGCGAUGACGAUACCCCUCAUCAUUCUUCGACGUCACCACGCGUAACGGCGUCGGGGCCCCAGAAACGAGGGCGACCCCCAAAAACGCGAGGCUCCGACGAACGGCCUGCGAAGAAGAGACGCGGCCGUCCCCCUAAGGCACGCGCCCCCUCCCCCGCGGCUGGAGCAUCGCCCGCCGCCGCUCCCUCCCCGCCCCCCGCCGCCCCGCCCGCGCCUGACAGCGACGUCGAGCCUGAUCUGCCGCAUCAUCACCAUGCACAGACAGACACCAAGACACACAUUUUCCGCAGAGUCUUCACCCCGAGAAAGGUUGAAGAAGGUGGAGGCAAGGGCGGUAAAGGAGGAAAAGGAAAGGGAAGCAAAGCUAAACCUCAAGUGACGAUCAUUGAAGCGACCGCGCCCGAGUGCUGCGCUGACGACGAGGAGCGGAGGCGGAGGGAGCGGUCCUGCGAGAGGAGACACGACGAGGCGCUCGCGAGAGUCUCUCCUCCGCGAGUCGUGGAGCCGCCGGCUCGCGUGCGGGACGAACGGUCUCCGUACCGAGCCGACAGACACCUACUCGACCGGCCGCUUAGCGAACGACUCGCAGACCGGCUCGCGGCCGAGCGGGCGGCCGACCGACAUCGGGACCGGAUAUCCCGAGAGCGGACUCCCGUCGAGCGCGCCCCGCCCGAGCGACGCUCCCACGAGCGACUCUCCGAUCGGACGGAGCUCGACCGGACCUCCGCCGAGCGUAUCAACUCCGAGCGACAGGCGACCCGCGACCGAUCCACGGAGCCGUCCGUCCAGCCUCGACUGUCAGCGGACAAACUACCGUACGACCGGCUGUCGGUCGAGAAGCCGACGCACGACCGACCGUCAACGGACCGGACCCACGACCGAAUGCCAACGGACCGGACCCACGACCGGACGACAACGGACCGAACACACGACCGGACGCCGACCGAGCGAACGUCGCACGAGCGGCUCGAGAAACCGUCCCGGAUACCACCGAGUCGGAUAGACCGGCUCACGGAGAGUAAAACAUCAAUAGAGCGGCUGGCGGAGAGCAAAACCGCGAUAGAGAUAAAGCCGGAGCCGGAACGCGUCACGGAGCGUGAGGUCAAGCGUGAGGUCCAUCGCGAGGUGCAAGUGGAGCGGGUCGAGCGGUACGUGAAGGCGGAGGCCGACGUCGGCUCUGGACUCAAGCGGCCCUCCGAGGAGCUCUGUUCUAACGUGGCGGAGCGGCGUCGGUCCCGGUACGUGGUCCGCAUCCCGCUGAGCCGUCUGCGCAUGGAGGUGGUCCGAGCGCUGAACCGUCCGCAGCCCCCCGUCAAACGGCUGCUCACUCCUCAUGUCGAACAGGGCGGCGAGGUAGCCAACAACCACGAGCGGUCCAGCACCGCCCCUGAACAAACUCCCAUUUACUUCUCGUACUUCGAGAGACUUCCGGCCGACGCUCUCUCCGACGAGGAGAAGGAUCACAAAUAUUACUUAGUAGAAGCGAAGAGGCUCAGGAGCGCGGCGGAAGCGGAACAAGAUCCAUUGUCCCGAGUGAUGCUGUACCUCGAGUCGGUUCUCUGUUUCGUCCUGACCGGUCGGGUCCUUGAGCUGGAGUCCGACACCAAAGGCGCCUUCACGAUAUACCGAGAGACAAUCGAGUACAUCAAAUCGAUACAUUCGAUGCCCCAGCGCUUCAGGGCCUCCCCUCACGACACAUUCAACAAACUCGAUAUACUCAGCCUCCGAGUACAGGCUCUGCUCUACCUGCGAAUGUUCAAAAUGUACAAUCGUGAAGUCAAGGAAUACAAUAAGAUAGUUCACGAAUAUCAGCAAAAGCCGGCGCUGGCGGAGUCGGUGUCGCCGCUGUCCCCGUCCCCCUCCCCCGCGGGGUCCGUGGGGUCGGUGGGGUCGGCCUCGUCCGGGUACUGCUCUCUCGCUCACUCCGUGCCCGCGCAUGCGCACCAGGCGCUGCUGCUGCUCACCAAGUACUACGCCUUCCUGUACGUGGCGCACGACCUGUGGGAGCAGGCCGAUGGACUCUGCAGGCUCAGGGCGAACCAAGAUCUUUUCAUAGCGGUGGAUCGGAAGUGCGGUCCUCUGUCUCUUUCUUCGACGUUUAGGCACCUCGUCCAGUACGUGCGAUAUGCGAUAUCGCUGCUGAAGAACGCUCAGAGGGAGUGACUACACGCCUGCCGCCCCUUGUGUCGGCGCGCACAUGUAUGACGCACGAACAGACAAUCGAACUCUCUGCUAUAUAUGUACAUAUAGUGUUUAAACAAAAAUUAAUAAAAAAAAAAAUUAUAAAAGCAGGAAACGUCAAUGAAACAGAUAGGUCGCUUGUUUCGUAAGUUGUAAAGUUUUUUACGUGAUAAAAUUUUAAAGUUUUACGAUUCGGUACAAAGAGAGCAAUAAAUAAUAAAUAAUAAUACGUGUUGAACGUCUGUGUUGGCAAUACUAAGUGUUAUUAUAUGUGUUGUCAUUUAAUAAUUAUAAUAAUAAUAAUGCCAAUAAAAGUUUUAAGAAUUGUUGUAUCACAUUUUUUUUAUUCGUAUUAUUUAACUUACACAUGUGCAAUGAACUGUCAAACAACAUCACACGGUGCGUUUAUGUAUACAUUUUUUUUUCGUUGUCUUAAUAUUUGGUCAGACAAAGAAACGUUGGUGAAUGAAUUAUUCGAAUGAACACUGUGAUAAGAAAUCUAUACAUUUUGAAUCUAUCGAUAUCGAUAAUGAAUUUGUAUCGAUUUUUUUAUGCGAGACUACCCUCGCGUAUUCACAUCACUAAAGCAACGACUGUGAUAACGUGUUAUCGAUAUCGAUAAAUCGAACGCAACGGUCUGGACAAAAUAAUUUAUAUUCAAUAUGAUUAUUUAAAAGUAUCUAUUUAUUUUUAAAACAUAUACAUCACAAAAUGAAAGUCAAUUUGGAACAAUUAUCAGUAUAUCUUAGCUCGUACUCUUCUUUGAAAUCCUAUUGAGGUUAAAAGAAUUCACGUGUCGAUAGUACUCCCGGUCGCAUAAUAAUCGAUUAAUAAACUAUAUAUAAUCGGAAACUCGCAUUCGUAACUCCCCGAAUAUCUAUGACCAAUAUGAAUAUUGUAAAUCUGUAAAUAGCUUCGUUGCCUAGCAACGGAUGACGUCGGACACCCACAGACUAUGUAAAUACGUGAUAGUGUCAUCAUAUCUUAAGCGUUUUUGUUUUGUAGUCGGUACCCGUACUGGUUCUUCGGGAUCAUUUAUACAAGACAGUUCGAGCGUGGGCCAAAUAUCGAGUAUAUUCUUAAUAUCUCAACAUGUAAGGGAACACUUUUAGAAUUUCGCAAAAAGAUUUUUCUCGUGUAUUUUAAUUGUUUUCGCUUCGAUUUUAGCGCGUGAACGUAGCAUUGUUUGUUUAUAUAUUAUUCGAGUAGUUUCCGCUUGACGAAGGCAGUCGUAUCGUGUCGAGAUUGUACCAAAUUCAAACCCAAUAUAAAACGCUAAUUGAUGUUCGGAACGUAAGUUCAGAUACAAAUAGAUACAAAUUCAAAUGAAUUUUUUUUAUCAACUCAAAUCCGAGGAGAAAUUGCUUGAUUUACAAUUUACAUCACAGAACAAAUUGUUCGAACAAUGAAAACGUAUGCAUAAAUAUUUUUAAUGUACACAUACAUAUCAAAUUAUUUAUUUAUUUUUCUUUCGUGGUCAUCAUAUUUGAUAAAAAAAAUUUUUUUUUUUUUUCAUGUCAGUACUAAACUAUUAUUUUAUCACAAUCAUUUACGUGUCUUGCUAGAUUAAAUUAAAAUAAACAAUAUAUUUAAAAAUCGAUUACCCUACUACAUGAUACUUUGAUUAUUUUUUUUUAAAUUAAUGUGAUUUAAAUUAAUUUCCAACGACAAUAAUACUCUGUUAGAAAUGCUAGAUUCUUUUAAAAAAUAUAUACAAUUAAAAAUAUGAUCGCGGUGCGGUCAGGCACCGACUCGUGUCGCACUGAAUGACGAACAAAAACGCAAAUCGUUUAAUUCCAUUUUAGUUGAAAUAAUUAUUAAUAUUUUAAUUGCAAUGUCCGGUGUGCGUGAGCGCGUCAAUCCACCCGCAAUAUACUUUUCGCCAUUCAAACAACAACAUUAUAUCACUCGGUUGUACGAUUCGUUUUUAAAAAUAAUAAUUACGUUGUGAUUGUAAAUAAACAUAAUAUAAACUAAUUAUAUUAUAGAUUUUGUAAUCGAUAUACAUACGUGUUAGUGCCAGAUAGGAUUUUGUAUGAAUGUUUACAGUGAGACCGCGUUCGUUUUGAUCGACAAAUAUAAAUAUAAAUAUAUAUAUAUGAAUGUCAUCGAUGCCUUGUAAAUAAUAUUGAGUUAAGUAGUUUUCAUUCGAUUGUAAUUAUUAUAGUAUAUCGUCGUUGCAAAUUUUAAAUCUCCUAUGUGUAGUUUUCGAGAAAAAAUAAUAAAACUACCUCCUAAAAAAAAAUAUGUAAAAUUUUUUUUAGCACAUACGAUAUCUACUUUGAUCUAAAAUAAAAUGUAAACCGACACUUAAAUUUCUUUAAGAUUGACUCGUAAUAAAUUGAAAUUUUAAGAUAAUAUGCAAAUAUGACAUUUUUUGCUGAGUAUUCAAAAUAACUUUCAUAAUUUUAGCCCCGAAAUCUCACAUUAGAGAUUUUAAAUUUGCAACGACGAUAUAUUUAUUAUAUUUGUGUAUAAGGUUCGGCGAGCGAUGUACGGGGCCUGGCGUGUGUGAUUUAUACGUGAUUUAUAUUUUUUUAAAUGUAUCGUCGAGCUAGCAGCGUUCAUUUAGUGUAGUCUAGCCUAAUGUUAGUACCGUUACCGGCCGAGAGAUGGCGCUGUUUUAAUAUUAUUUUGUGUCCCAUUAAGUCUACUUAAACGAAUCGUAUGGAUUAAUUAUAACGUGUGAAUCCGGACGUCAGAGAACGUCGAACGAUAUAGCAAUAAAGAGAGCAAUGAAUAAUAAAUAGAAAUUAUAUUAUUAUUAUUAUUCCGUAUGAAAUGUUAACAUGAAAACGUGUGGGGCGGGUGUAUGUUGUAUUUGUUGUUAAGAAUGUGGAUAAUAAUUGUUAAGAGUGUUUUUCACGAAGCUUCCAUAUAUGUAUUUUUUUUAAGAUAUGGAUUUUUAAAACGAUGAUGAUUCCAAUGACGAUUGAAUUGUACUGAGCUUGUGAUUUGACGUAAUACCUUGAAUGAAUAUAUUAUUUUUUUUUUUAGGUAAUUUUAGUUAAUUAUGAAAUUGUCGUGUUGAUUUUUGUUAUUUUUUUUUUUGUUUUCAUCAUCAUAAUAUUGUCAUGGCUUGUUUUUUUUUUUUUUGUAAUAUCAGUACAAAAUGUUUGCACGUUUUAAUUGAUCUAUUUUACGUGUCCUAUUCUUAAUUAUCAUCGAAAUUUAAAACAAUUAGUUUAAUUUAAAAUAAUUAUUAUUAUAUUAUAUUGAAAUCGGUACUUACCCGCACAAAUAUUUAUUUCCUUUAUUUAUUGUUAUAUUUAUUUUCUCGAGCACCCGAUGCGAAGUUUACUUAAGUUUAUAAAAGAAAUACCUACAUCUUUUUUAAAGAUCUGUCGAUUAUCUAUACUAUACCGGAUUGAUCUAAUUGUAUACACACGUUGGCUUUACGUUUUAUUGAAUAAAAAAAAAGACAUUUUUUUUAGAUUAAAUUCAAAAUUUAUUUAAUUUGUUUUCGUUAAUUUUAAAACUUUUCGUUGUCAUAUUGUUUUGUUGCUUAUUUAACUCGACCUUUAGAAAUUUCCCGAUUAACGAUAGUUAGUUAUGUACUAAUACAUUUUCUCCUAAUUUUAAGGUGUAUGUUUGCACAAAAAACUCGGUAAUUAAGUUACCCAUCUUAUGUCCUCGCAAGAAUCCUUCGAGUCCUUAAAUCUCAAUUUUUAAAUUAUUAAGCCCCAAAAUUGAAACCAAAUUUUGACAUUAUAAGAAGCACUCCCGAACGCCGCGGAGGUGUUUUCGAUUUUAGAAAAAUUGUAAAAUAUUGUUUUAUUAUUUUUCUUUUUUUUUUUUUGUAAUAGCAUCUUGUGUUGAUAGCGUGUAUAAUUUGUUUUAUACUCGAGUUAAGAUUAAGUAUAAAUUUGUUUUGCUCUUAUUUUAUUAUUUGUGUAGCUGUACCUUAUGUUAUCAAUGAUAGAAUACAUUAAUUUUAUGUAUCAACCAUUUGUUUUUUUUUUUCGUUUCCGCUUUUUUUUCCUUAUUUCG